AUGACCAACCUCUCGGUUUGGCCAGCCGACCCGACGGGCCUGUCGUGGCCACCAACGUUGGCCGCUUUACACGUUCGCGGCAGCCGUUUGCAUGAAAUCCCCGACGCGUUCUCCGUCUUGCCUCCACACAUUGUGUCCUUUCGACUUGAAGGAGGCAACAUCUCGACGAUUCCAGAGGCAGUCUUUCAAGCGUGGACGAACGUGUCAUCGCUGUCGCUCUCGAAUCUCCAGCUCACGCGACUGCCAGUGUCGAUUUCGAAUUUUCACGAAUUGGUGUCGUUGGAAAUCCGGGGGAAUUGGGUCACGACCGUCCCGUGGGUCGCCCGCGAUGUGGCCAACCUGCCCAUGCUGCAAUCGAUAGACUUGAGUGCCAACGCGCUGGACCAUGUGCCGGUGGAUCUCGUUCAUCCGAAUGUCCGCCUCGAGCUGAGUUCGAAUCCCAUCGCGGCCGUGCCAACGACGUUGAGUGUACAAUACUUGGUGACACGCCAAAUCAUUUUGGACGAUACGCCGUUCUGUGCUUCGACGGGGGCCACGUACUGCAGCCCCAAAUGUGCUCGACAAUGCGAAACCAAACUCCUCGGCGAUUAUCGGUGCGAUGCCGUGUGCUAUUCCCAGGCAUGCAGCUGGGACCAUGGGGAUUGCGCCACGUUUGGGUUCCCAGAGGCGGUGUGA